CACACGUGAAAACCGAACCUGGAGGAUUAGCAGUCGUUUUAGCUGUUUUACAUCAUUUGUCGUCAACGUGAAAGGUGAAAGCCUGCCAGCACAGACACGAAAACGAUAUUGACACUCGCUAGUGUUCGGUUUUAUUAGUGUAAAGUAUUUAUUUUUGAUAUACAAUGCCGCCGAAGAAAGGAAAGAAGAGCAACAAGAAGGACGACGGCUUCAAUUCCGACGAGGACACCAACGUCGUCAGCAUGGUCGAAGCAGAGCCGCCGAAGUCAGGUGGCAAGAAAGGCAAAGGCAAGUCGAAAAACGUGCAGGACGACGAUGUCGAAGUUGCGGCCCCUCCGCCCAAACCGGCCAAAAAAGGAAACAAAAAGGGCAGGAGAAAAGGGGACAGCAGCGAAGAGGACGAGCCCGUGGUUGAAGUAAAGCCGGUUUCGAAGAAGAAGGGUGGCAAGGCGAAAAGACAGGCGGAAAGCGACGAGGAGAACGAAGAGGCCGGUUCGGACAACGACAGCGUCAAGCCGGCGUCCACCACAAGCAGUAAGAACAACAAGAACAAGAAGAAGGGCAAAAAGAAGGAGCAGGACUCCGAGGAGGAUUCUAUUCUGGCGGUGGCGGACGAGGAAGAAGACGUGCCCAAGCCUGUUAAGAAGGGAAAGCAAAAGAAAAAUAACAAAAAGAAGGGGGAGGAGGACAGUGAGUCUGAGGAGGACGUGCCCAAGCCUGUGAAGAAAAGCAAGCUGAAAAAGGGAAGCAAAAAAGACAGCGAGCCUGAGGAGGAUGAGGAGGAAGACGUGCCCAAACCUGUUAAAAAGGGAAAGCAAAAGAAAAAUAAUAAAAAGAAGGGGGAGGAGGACAGUGAGUCCGAGGAGGAGGACGUUCCCAAGCCCGUGAAGAAAGGCAAGCAGAAAAAGGGCAGCAAAAAAGAUAGUGAGCCUGAGGAGGACGAGGAAGAAGACGCGCCCAAGCCUGUCAAAAAGAAUAAGCAAAAACCAAACAAGAAAAAACAGGAAACGGACAGCGAGCCUGAAGAGGAGGAGAAGGAGGAAGUGUCCAAGAAGGACAAGGCCAAGAGGAAGGACAGCACCGAGGAGGAGGAAAUGGCUGCCGUGGAGGAAACGCCCGAGCCGAAGCAGCAGGAGGAGAAAGAGGAGGUUUCUGAAAGCAGUGCAGUCGACGAGCUGGCAGACCAGGCGGCCGCUCUCAAAAUUGAGGAAAUGACGGAGCCCACAGAAGAGAAAACUAAAGAAAAGAAGCUGACGCACAAGGAGAAAAAGAAGCUGAAAAAGCAGCAGGAGUACGACCAGCAAGUGGAGCUGAUGACCAAGAAGGGCGGCCAGGGGCACAGCGCUCUGGGCGACAACUUCACUGUGUCGCAGUCGGACCGCUCAGCCGGCCAGACGCAGGCCCUUGAGCACGCCGUCGACAUCAAGGUGGAAAACUUCAAUAUUGCAGCCAAGGGCAAGGACUUGUUUGUCAACGCCUCCCUGCUCAUUGCCAAUGGACGCAGAUACGGUCUCGUCGGACCCAAUGGCCACGGCAAGACGACUCUUUUGCGUCACAUCGCAGCGCGCGCCUUCAACAUUCCUCCCAACAUCGACAUUCUGUACUGCGAGCAGGAAGUGGGCGCCGACGACAAGUCUGCCGUGGAGACCGUGCUGAUCGCCGACGUGCGUCGCACCGAGCUGAUGGCCGAGUGCGCCGCCUUGGAGACCGCCUCCGACCUGAGCAGCCAGGAGCGGCUCAAGGAGGUGUACGAAGAACUCAAGGCCAUCGGCGCCGACUCUGCGGAGCCGCGAGCCCGCCGCAUCCUCGCCGGUCUCGGCUUCACCAAGGAUAUGCAGGACAGGGCCACCAAAAACUUCUCCGGCGGCUGGCGCAUGAGGGUCUCGCUCGCCAGGGCGCUCUUCGUCGAACCAACCUUGCUGCUGCUCGACGAACCGACCAACCACCUCGACCUGAACGCUGUCAUUUGGCUUGAUAACUAUCUGCAAGGGUGGAAAAAGACGCUGCUGAUCGUGUCUCACGACCAGAGCUUCUUGGACAACGUGUGCACGGACAUGAUCCACUUGGACCAGUGCAAGCUCUUCUACUACAAGGGCAACUACUCCAUGUUCAAGAAAAUGCUGACCCAAAAGCGCAAGGAGCAGAUGAAGGAGUUUGAGAAGCAGGAGAAACGCAUCAAGGAGCUCAAGUCGCAGGGACAGUCCAAAAAGUCUGCUGAGAAGAAGCAGAAAGAGGUGCUGACGAGGAAACAGGAAAAGAAUAAGACCAAGACGCAAAAGCAGGAGGAGGAGAACGGCCCGACCGAGUUGCUGCAAAAGCCCAAGGAUUACCUGGUUAAAUUCUCCUUCCCCGACCCUCCGCCACUCCAGCCGCCCAUUCUUGGAUUGCACAAUGUUACCUUCAACUACCCCAAUCAACAGAGCAUAUUAGCAAACUGUGAUUUCGGCAUUGACAUGUCUUCCCGCGUGGCCAUCGUGGGGCCAAACGGCGUCGGCAAGUCCACCUUCCUCAAGCUGCUCACUGGCGACUUGGAACCCAAGCAAGGAGAAGUUAGGAAAAACCACAGACUGCACAUUGGAAGGUUCGACCAGCACUCAGGAGAACACCUGACUGCCGAGGAGACGCCUUCCGAGUACCUGAUGAGACUCUUUGAUCUUCAAUACGAGAAGGCGAGAAAGCAACUGGGCACUUUCGGUCUCUCGAGUCACGCGCACACAAUUAAGAUGAAGGAUCUGUCUGGCGGGCAAAAAGCCAGGGUCGCCCUGGCAGAGUUGUGUCUUAACGCACCCGACGUCGUUAUUUUGGACGAGCCUACAAACAACCUUGAUAUUGAAUCGAUCGAUGCCUUGGCUGAAGCGAUCAACGAAUACAAAGGAGGUGUGAUCAUCGUGAGCCACGACGAACGGCUAAUCCGAGACACCGAAUGUUCGCUUUGGGUGAUCGAAGACAAGACGAUCAACGAGCUGGACGGCGACUUCGACGACUACCGCAAGGAACUGCUUGAGCUUCUGGGCGAACAGAUCAACAACCCCAGCAUAGCGGCCAACUCGGCCUUCCAGCAGUGAAAUAAUAACAAAAAAUUAAGAGGAUUGGUGGAAUAAAAGGAGUUUAUUUUAUAAA